CAAACAUUUAAUUAGAAUCCAAAUUUUGAUUGCUCGUUAAUUUGCAAGAGACAUGACGGUUUCAAGGAGAAAAAUGAAAUGAUUAAAUGCUCAGGGAACUCGGAGAGGUUGAGAAAUUGUCAACGCUAACGGAAUUAAAAGAAAUAUGACGUUUCUUCACAAAAUUUUCCUUUUUUGUCUUGCGUCAAAGAACGAUUGUCUAUGACAACUGUAGCCUGACGCAUGACAGUGUUCAUGAUCUGCAAAGAAUAGUUGGUUAAAACCAAAUUGUACGUUUGAAUAUCCAAAACUCAAUAGCUUGCAUGAGAAUAUAGGAGAGACGAUAUCACAGUUUAAUGCCAAAUGAAACAUCUUGCCAGGACCUGAUUGUUUUAAAAAUUUUUGUAAAACUUCAAAAACUUUUUCACAGUGAGUAAGAAAGAUCCACGGGAACCUUUCUUUCGAGGUAAAAAUUUGUUAUUUCUGUCCCGAUAACUGCGCCUCUAAACACGGUCUUCCACGUAGUUAUCAGCUCCAUCUCUUUCGAAUGAAUAAAUCGAGACGAACGGUUGGGUAAUUUUAAGAGGGGAAUAAAUCAAACAAGUCUGCUCUUUUGACAACUUUGUUUGACUUUCGUGUCUGACUUGUAUUCAUAAUUGGUCUAUUACACCCCGGUGCCUUUUGUGUUAAAUCUUUGAUGAGGAUAAGAUGCAUCAAGAUGCGAAGUUAGAUCUACGCCAACGAACUUCCUUUCGCCUGAGGUUAUCUUGAAAAAAAAACAAAGAUUUUGAAUAAAACGGAUGUUAUUGGUAAGUGUUUCGCCGCCUUCCCUUCAUGAACACGAACCAAAGUUACGUCAAUUUCGCGCUAUUGACGAACGAACCAAGGAUUACAAGUCCCCGGGGUAUAUGAUAAACAAAAUGUGUUUGGAUAACUUUGCAAAGCCGUUUGACAAACUUUCGAAAUUAUUUCAAAAGUGAUUUUUCUACUGUUAACCGACAAUUCUCACAGGUAGGGGUAGUUUGGAAAUAGUGAGCAACGGGAAGUCCGUUGCUUCGUGCGUCCAGAUACAGUAAGCAACAAACCUACGAAAUCACUUUCGGCGACAAGGGAAGGUUGAGCUCGGGUUAUCGAACGCGCCAUCAAAGAGAAUGGUUACAAAAGGAUCUGUUUAUUCGGUUUGUUUACACACUGGUUAUUCUCUUCUGUCUACUCAAUCAGUUCUACAAAUCAGAACUUGUUACUUUUAAGUCUGUCUUUGAGGUUGCUUUGACUGUCAUUAAUUGUUAAAGACCGUGUUUGUUGUGCGCAGCAAAUUACAAUAGAAUUGGCUUUUCGCGCGUGACGUCACACUAAUAUUGUUUAUCAGCCAAUCAGGAAUGGGAAUUUAUUGAUUUCAAUUAACAAGAUCUGCCCUCGCGUCAAUCAAUGAAUGAUUAGCAACUCACUCACAGCUACACACAAAACGCAAUUCCAUUAGAAAAUGCGGCGAAUAAGUGGCAAAUUAUGAAAGUCUCCACAACGUCCGACGCCUCAAGACGUGCGCGGCAAUUGCCAAUUCAUGCUCUGCGUGUCACGCCAUUUGAAGUUAUGUGAGGUUAUUUGCAGUUGGGAUACGUAUUCAUGGUUCUGAACGCUUGCGACAGCGACAGUCCAACAGAACCGGUGGAGAGGGUUUCGCCAUCUUGCAGAACAGUAACCCAAUCUCCAAGAGCCAUGAACGAAUCAAGCAUUAGCGCAAGAGGGCAGCGUAAAUACCGUACAACACGUCCCUACGAAGACGAGGUCGAGCGAAGCGACGAUGAACCGAGGAUAGGCUCGCCGACUUCUAUGAAUACGCACAGAGAGCCUGCCGAAGGCUCGGGCGAUACGUCUCCGAGGGUUGACGGCGACGGGUCCUCUUCGUCUGGAGCUAAAAAGAAAGGACUUCAAAAGCUUGCUUCGGGAGCCAUUGCUAACAUCGGAUCGGUUUUUAGGGGGGGUACUACAAGUGGUGAAUCAGAGGGGCGAAAUGACUUAAGUGCGGGUAGAGCGUCUAAAAAUUCAUCGAAGGGUUGGUCUAAUACUCCUGAUUUCACUAUCGACUCUGAUUCAGGCAUGCAGGAGAAGCUGUCACCGCCUUCCCACAAGGAGAAGUUUUUCCAGAAGGGCUGGCGAAAUCGGCUGAAGGUCAUUCCCAACGCAGGCAAUGCCCUGUGGAUUCCUCAGGAUAACUUUAGCUGGUGCUCUGUGGAAGGACGCAGACUUCAGCUGACAGACACUCAACUUUCGGCUUUGUCCGAACCGGAGUGUAUCGCUCUUCAAAGAGUCGCUCAAACUCGGUUAAAGCAACUGGAUUUUAAAAGUCACCUAACGAUACCUAAAGAUCCACGGAAUCCUAGGAAGUCAUUAAAGAGAGCACUGUCAUGGAAGAAAGGAAACUCUGGGUCAAGUUUAUUUGACAAAGACAAAGAAAAUGGUGUAUUUGCAAUACCCCUUCACAAAGCUGUCUCCACACAAAGUCCCCCAGAUUCCAGUGAACUAAAAAAAUCACCAAAGAAUGUUAAAGAGGGCACACCAUCAAUAUCAUCAACAGGAACCCAAGAGGCAUCUGAUGACUCAACUGGGGUCAGAAGACACUCAUCUGGAUCCAGCAUCUCUCACAGUUCAAGAUCAUCAGUGGAUAAUUCAAAUUCAAAUACUGAUGAAAAGACCUCUUCUCAUAAAGACCAACCUCUGGAAUCACCAAGUUGGAAAUCACGACUUAUUGAAGCAUUGACACUACUGUCUUCAUCUGCUUCUGCAUCCUGUUUGAUGGAUAAACAGUCAGUGCUAAGUCCACCACAACCUCAAGUUCCACCAAUCGUUUUGCACGCUAUCGAGCACCUUCAGUGUUAUGGUCUACAUGUCCUUGGAAUAUUCAGAGUUGGAGGUUCUAAGAAGCGAAUGAAACAAAUGAGAGAUCAGUUUGACUCUGGAGAAAAAACAAAGUUCACAGUUGAAGACAACCCACAUGAUGUGGCUGCAUUAUUCAAAGAAUACUUCAGAGACCUUCCAGAACCAUUGCUCACACGUGACUUGUACUCUGCCUUCUUAGAAACACAAACCUUCGAUAAUCCAAGUAUGCAGAUUUCAGCUCUUCGGCUUCUUUGCUGUCUUCUACCAGCACCAAACAGAGACACAUUAAAGGUACUCCUGGAAUUUCUCGCUGGAGUUGCGCAAUGUGCAGAAGACAGCAUUGACGAAAAAGGCAAUGAAAUUCCUGGGAACAAAAUGAACUCUAAAAACUUAGCUAUUAUAAUUGGCCCGAAUAUUUUACACAAGGUAAAAGGGCAACAUCACGACUUUCUAGUAGAAGAUAAGGCUCGUGCGGAUGAAAGGAAGGAAAUUAUUGAUGUGGUGCAAGAUAUGAUUGAACAUCACGACCAGUUGUUUCAGGUUUCUGCAGAAAUGCAUCAUGACGCGCUGGUUCAUCUUUUGGAAAAUGAACCGGAACUUCUGGAUUUCAUUUUAAGGAGAAGGUUACUGAGAACGCACGGAGUAAGCUCUGAAACGGAAGACGAUCCCUUCAUUUACGAAGCUAGUGGUAAAGCAGAGACGCCAGUAAGAGGACGCGUCAUGUCCGCUGGAGCGGCAGAGCGUCCUGUAACACGCUUUUCGAACGCGUCUGGUUCGCGUUCUUUCAACGAAGCAAACUGGCGUGCGAGACAAAAUCCUUCACCACGCACAGUGACACGUAGCAGUAGUGAUAAAUCGAAUCACAAUUCUGCAUUUCCUAAUCGUAGUUAUUCUUUGAAUCAAGACGAUGCUAGGUAUUACCGAGAACACAUGUUCGGGCGACAGAUGUCUUCACCCGACGAUCACGCGUCGACGACGAGUUACAAUUCAAAUUAUAGACAAAACAAACGAAAGACACCGCCGAUGACGAGACCUACGUGCAGGUACGAAGGAUCUGCUUUCGAGCAGCCUCCGUCUCCUGCUCUUUCUUCAGGGUCGGCUUCAGUUUCUUAUUCAAACUUUUCCACACCUCCUUCAUCUCCUUCGUCUACUGCGUUCGUUUCUGCGGAAUCCACUUCAUCGUCACCGAUCCCAGUCCGGGCCUAUGUGGCUGACGACGGACAUUUAAUAACUGAAUGGACCAGCUUACAAACUGAAAUUGAAGUUGAGUUGGCCCGGGACAGAAACGAGGAGUACAACCGUAAUCAGCCGUUUGAUUCUAGAACGUUUAGUCUUUCAGACUGGCAGCUGGAGAAUUGGUUCCAGUGGGAAUCUCUAACCCAACAAAACAGUAGCCAGAAAGACUUUCUGGAGCAGGAAACUUUAGUGUAGGAAUUCUACGGUAACUGCUUUUAGUUUUAGUUUUUGAUUGGCGAAAGAGGUCAAUUUAUUUAAACAGUCGCGGAGAACAAACACAAUUUUUGACGAAUUAUCGUUGAGGUACUCAAAGGUUUUAACACCCUGUCAUCCAAUCAGAAGAAGAAUAGCUUUGUUAGAGAUAUGGAUAGGUAGGCUUAGCUACGCCGCUGACCAUUGCAGCUGGCUCAAUCACUAUUCAAGAAAACGGGAAGUUACUGUCAUGUUGUCUUCGUUCCCACGACUAUUAAUAUCUAAAGCUAGAGCUAAAAAUAGAGGUUUGCAUUGAUAACAAAGCGCGAGAGAAGCAUUUAUUUAUGUAAAAAAAUAUAUUAAUUAGAAAACGAGUGCCCUUCUAUUCCACACCUGGAUAGAAGAAAUGAAAAUAUCAUACAAAUCUACACUGCGUGUAGACGCCAAGAGUAAAACCGACUUCGGUGAAUUCCUUCCUGUUUUUGAAGGUGUAUAUACGAAAGAAAUCAAGUUUGAGAGCGCACAUAAUUCAAGGUGAGAGAAAUAAAAAUACCCAGGGCUUCUACGGCCAGGCGCCGGAAGAGAAUGUCUGGGUACUAGAGUAUCGAGAAAUGCCUGUAACCAACCACAGUAUAGUUACAUAUGUAAGCUUAACAGUUUGUAAUUAAUUUAAGCUUCGGGAGAUGUCUGUGUUCGAAAGAUACCCGCUAAAGUUCACGAGGUAGUCAGUAAUUUUCGGAAAAUAUUCGUUCUUAUCUCCGGUUGAUCUCGUUCAUGCAACAAUUUCUUUGACAACAUUGGCUGAUUUUAUUUACGUUCGUCAUACCAAAAAUGCGUGCCUAGAUUUACUUAAAUCAACAUGCGUUACAUUAGAACGUGGUAUUUUAAGAAAUGUUGUAUUUGUGUAUGAUGGCUUUCUUGUAGGUGCAUAUCCUUAGAACAGCGCGCACAUUUCUCCCAAUUUACUUUAUCCAGAUGAAAAAUCCUCUUAGAAACUGUAGCUUAAAGAAAGCCCUAUUUUACCUCUGAUUGUUUGUUUCCGUGCGUGCAAAUUAUGAAAAAUCGCAAUUCCAUUAUAAAGCUUCAUCUCCCCCUCCUCUGUGAAAGUGGUUUGUGGUUAAGCGGACAAAAUAAUGUUUAAAAAAAAAACGAUUUCUAUUUACAUGCUUGUAUAUAAAAUAGAGAAGGUUGACUCGGUUUUAAAUAAAAGUUCCAAUUGUAAUACAA